AUGUCACUUCCGUUCGAACCGCUACCACAUGGGCAUGUGGUUCAAAAGCCAUCGUCACCUCGAUUUCCGUUGCCGCCCGGUGACGAUGAGUUGCAGAUUGUGGCCGGUAGAGACAACUAUGGUAUGCUGCAAGUGAUCGAAUGGGACCAUAUGGAUCUAUCAAUAUUCUAUCCGGCAGCGCUCACCAGUACAUGGACUGUGCGCAUGUGUUUGUACCCGCUGGCAGUACUCAGAAGUCGUCUACAACUACAGAAACAACAUACUGUUUAUACUAGCACAUGGGAUGCAUUUAUCAAUAUCUCGAGGAAGGAAGGAAUUCGGGGCCUAUAUCGUGUCAGUUUUAUACUUCAGUUUCAGUUUUACCGCUCUUUUUGUCGACAUCUUUUGGAAAUGUCGAACCGUCUGUAA